AUGGCCGCUGUUGGUAUUCCUAAGGACAUUGCCUCCGUCACGAUCCCCGAGGCGGGCUCCGUUCGUCUCUUCGGCAAGUGGGACACCCAGGAUGUCGAGGUCAAGGACAUCUCCCUGACGGACUACAUUGCGCUCCGCAACGCCGUCUACACCCCCCACACUGCCGGCCGCUACGCCAGCAAGUGCUUCCGGAAGGCCCAGAUGCCCAUCGUUGAGCGGUUGGUGAACUCGCUCAUGUUCCACGGCCGCAACAACGGCAAGAAGCUCAUGGCUGUUCGCAUCGUCGCCCACGCCUUUGAGAUCAUUCACCUCCUCACGGACGCCAACCCCAUCCAGAUCCUUGUGGACGCCAUCAUUAACACUGGCCCCCGCGAGGACUCGACCCGUAUCGGUUCGCAGGGUACCGUCCGUCGCCAGGCUGUCGAUGUGUCGCCUCUGCGCCGCGUGAACCAGUCGAUCCACCUCCUCACGACCGGCACCCGCGAGUCGGCCUUCCGCAACGUCAAGAGCGUCGCUGAGUGCCUUGCUGACGAGCUCAUCAACGCUGCCAAGGGCUCCUCGAACUCGUACGCCAUCAAGAAGAAGGACGAGCUGGAGCGUGUGGCCAAGUCGAACCGUUAA